GACACGUGUCUCAUUGUUUUGUACGCUUUUGUUUCUCUUUGGCCACACAAAAGAAAAAGCGCGUUUGAGCCUCCACUUCCUCCUUAUAUACCCCUUAUACCAUAAUCCAUUUCCCUCACUCAUCAACUUCAAAAAUCACUUUUUUAAUCCAACCCAUUUUUUCCCUUUAAGAAUUCUCUUGAAAUCCUCAACUGGGUAUCCUUAAAGAUUCAAUUUUUGAUUAUUUUUUUGAACAAGUUUUUGCUUUGAUUAUUACCAAUUUUCUCGUUUGCAAUGGAACUUUCUGUUAUUGGUAGCUCUCAAGUGAAAUUAGGAAGAACUGAUUUUGCUUGUAGAGAAUUUGGUUAUGUUAUUCUGAAGAAUAAUAGUAGAUUUUCAAAUGGUAGAGUUUGUUUUGGUCAGAAUUUAAGGUUGAAGAAAGGUGGAAUGGGUUUGAAAGCUAUUCAUGUUGAACCAAUUAGAGAGAUGAAGAAGAAUCUUUCUGGAUCUAGAACAAGAUCCAAACAGGUAGAUGGUGUAAGAUUAUUUGUGGGACUUCCCCAAGAUACAGUUUCUCAUGACUGCAAUUCAAUAAACCAUUCUAAAGCAAUUGCAGCAGGGUUGAAAGCUUUGAAACUAUUAGGAGUCGAAGGCGUUGAACUACCAAUUUGGUGGGGAAUUGUUGAGAAAGAAGCCAUGGGAAAAUAUGAUUGGUCAGGCUAUCUUGCUAUUGCUGAGAUGAUUCAAGAAGUGGGUCUUAAGCUUCAUGUUUCCCUUUGCUUUCAUGGUUCUAAAAAACCAAAUAUCCCUUUACCUAAAUGGGUGUCUGAGAUUGGUGAAUCGGAGUCGAGUAUUUUCUUUACGGAUCGGUCAGGACAACAUUACAAAGAAUGUUUGUCGCUUGCGGUUGAUAAUCUUCCUGUUCUUAAUGGAAAGACUCCGGUUCAAGUGUAUCAGAGUUUUUGUGAGAGCUUCAAGUCUUCAUUUUCUCCAUUCAUGGAGUCGACAAUCACGGGCAUUUCAAUGGGUUUAGGACCAGAUGGUGAGCUUCGAUAUCCAUCUCAUCACGAGUUACCUAGUAACCGCAAAACUCAAGGAGUAGGAGAAUUCCAGUGUUAUGAUCAAAACAUGCUAAGUUUACUCAAGCAACAUGCUGAGUCAUAUGGAAAUCCUUUAUGGGGGCUUGGCGGUCCACAUGAUGUGCCUACAUAUGACCAAUCGCCAUACGCCAGUAGCUUUUUUAAGGACGGUGGUUCUUGGGAGUCUUCGUAUGGUGACUUCUUCCUUUCAUGGUAUUCUGCUCAGCUCAUAGCACAUGGAGAUUCCCUCCUUUCAUUAGCAUCUUCUACUUUCGGUGACACCGGAGUUUCAAUAUACGGAAAAAUCCCACUUAUGCACGCUUGGUAUGGAACUCGGUCCCGUCCAUCUGAGCUAACAGCAGGAUUCUAUAACACAGCCAAUAGAGAUGGUUAUGAACAGGUGGCAGAGAUCUUUGCUAAAAACUCGUGCAAAAUCAUAUUACCUGGAAUGGAUCUUUCGGAUGCAAAUCAACCAAAUGAAACCCAUUCCAGUCCCGAGUUGCUCCUCGCGCAAACUAUGACAACUUUCAGAAACCAAGGUGUGAAAGUCUCAGGUCAAAACUCAUCAGAGUUCGGCGUUCCAGGCGGUUUCGAACAAAUAAAGAAGAAUUUAUCAGGAGAUAAUGUACUUGACUUGUUCUCAUAUCAAAGAAUGGGAGCAUAUUUCUUUUCACCAGAGCAUUUUCCUUCGUUCACCGAGUUAGUUCGUAGCCUUAAUCAACCGAAACUCCAUUUAGACGAUCUCCCUAUUGAAGAGGAAGAAGGCGCCGAAUCAGCAGUUAUGAGCCAAGAAUCAAAUGUGAGCAUGCAAGCAGCUUAAAACAAGAAACUGCUGUAAAUUUGUAAUGAUAAUUGUGUAUAUAACAAUUAGUAGUUUGUGUUGUAAGUAAUUAAGUACAAAAUGAGGAUGCAUAUUUUUGUUUCAACUUUCAACCUCAAACAAAGUUACAUUACAAUGAUCCAUUGUAAAGUAGCUUAAGAUUGUGGCAGAUAAUAUUUUAUUAUGUUUGUUUUAGAUUGCAAGGCCUCUAAAACUAUGUCUAAGAAUCUAAAUCAAAUGGACUAUUGGUCCUUUUUGCUCUUGUGGUG